AGUUGCUAAAUUUAAUUUACUGAAGCUACUACCAAUUCCUUUGGAAACACAUGACCCCCAGCUUCUUGGCUUCCUCCAUCCACUGAAGAGAGAGUUAGUCAUCAGUGUCAUAUAAGAGUGACUCAGAGUAAGGUGGGAACCGGAGGACUUCUCACACAUAUAUGAACUCAGAACUUGACGGAAGCCCAGGCAUCAACACCUCCAGGGGAUCAGUGUGGUCAGGUGGCUCAACCCUUCCUUGCCCAGCACAGUAGGCAGACGGCACUUAGCCCAGCCGGUCCACAACAGCUUCUGCGCCCCAGUUCAUUCUCAGUAAGGUCACCAUCUUCUUUUAUUGUACAAGAAAGGAGAGUUCCUGUCAUAUAUUGGAAAGAACAUGUUCUUUUGGGUAUUAGCCCUCCUAAUCUUUUGUGGUUUUGUAUGGAAUUACAAAAGACAACUAAAGAUUGCAGACAUCACUGAUAAGUACAUUUUCAUUACUGGGUGUGACACGGGUUUUGGAAAUUUGGCAGCCAGAACUUUUGAUAAAAAAGGAUUUCACGUAAUUGCUGCUUGUCUGACUGAAUCAAAAUCAACAGCUUUAAAGGCAGAAACCUCAGAAAGGCUUCACACCGUGCUUCUAGAUGUAACGGACCCAGAGAAUGUCAAGAGGACUGCCCAGUGGGUGAAAAACCAAGUUGGGGAAAAAGGUCUCUGGGGUCUGAUCAACAAUGCUGGUGUUCUCGGAGUGCUGGCUCCCACCGACUGGCUGACAGUGGAAGACUACAGGGAACCUAUUGAAGUGAACUUGUUUGGCCUCAUCGAUGUGACAUUAAAUUUGCUUCCCUUGGUCAAAAAAGCUCAAGGAAGGGUUAUCAAUGUCUCCAGCAUUGGAGGUCGGCUUGCACUUGGUGGAGGGGGUUAUACUCUCUCCAAAUAUGCAUUAGAAGGCUUCAAUGACAGCUUAAGACGGGACAUGAAAGCUUUUGGUGUACACGUUUCAUGUAUUGAACCAGGAUUAUUCAAAACAGGAUUAUCAGAUCCAGUAAAGGCCACCGAAAAAAAACUUGCCAUUUGGAAACAUCUGUCUCCAGAUAUAAAACAACAAUACGGAGAAGGUUACAUUGAAAAAAGUCUAGACAAACUGAAAGACACUAAUUCUUUUGUGAACAUGGACCUCUCCCUGGUGGUGGAGUGCAUGGACCACGCUCUCACGAGUCUCUUCCCUAAGACCCAUUAUGCUGCUGGAAGAGAUGCCAAGACCUUCUGGAUACCUCUGUCUCACAUGCCAGCAGUUUUGCAAGACUUUUUAUUGUUGAAACAGAAAGUAGAGCUGGCUAAUCCCAAGGCAGUGUGAGUCAGCUGACAACAAAUCCCUGCCCCCAGGCUAUGAGAUUGGCUGCUUUCAAGGACACAUCUCCUUUUUGGUCUCAUUCUUUACCUGAUCCCACCUGGACUCAUUUAGAUCAUGCCUCUUUUGAUAAAUGAGGGAAUCCAACCACCACUCGGGAUGUCCCAGGGUCCCUUUUCAAGCCUUCUUUGGAAAGAAGGGCAGUGAUGAUGGGUCAUAUAGAAAGGCCAGGAUGGCACCUGCCCAAUAUUGAGGUUUUGCCUGCUUAAUAGGAUGUAAAGGAAAUUGAAAGACUUUCCCAUUCAAAAUGAUAUCUAUCACCCGCUCCAUGCCUCUAGCCACUACCCCUUGAACUCCAGAAUGUUAAGUAUUUGCCCCUUACCAAAAUGUUGAGAUAAGGAGAAUACUGGGGCACGUGGGUGGCUCAGUUGGUUAAGUGUCCAACUCUUAAUUUCAGCUCAGGUCAUGAUUUCACAGUUCAUGAGUUCAAGCCCACAUCAGGCUCAGCGCUGACAGUGUGGCCUGCUUGGGAUUCUCUCUCUCUCUCUCUCUCUCUGCCCUGUUCCCCUCAAAAUAAAUAAAUAAACUUUAAAAAA